AUGAGACACUUAUUUACAGCUUAUAAUUCUUUAUUAAAAAAGUAUCCAAUAACGACUAAUUGUAUUUCCACUGGUAUAUUAAUGGGUCUGGGUGAUAUUCUUGCACAAUAUUUAUUCCCUACUAAUCAAUCCAAUAAAUCAUCAACUUUUGAUUAUCAACGAACUUUUAGAGCAUUUAUAUUUGGUUCUUGUAUAUUUGGUCCUAUUGGUCAUACAUGGUACAAAUUCUUAGGUACAAAAAUUCAAUGGAAGAGUAAUAAUCGAUCUUAUACAAAAUUGAAAACUACUUUAUUUAGAGUAUUAAUUGAUCAAACUAUAUUUGUUCCUUUCAUUUGUUACCCUAUAUAUUAUGGUUCUAUGACUUUACUUGAAGGAAAACAACCAAUUUGGCAAAAUUUAAAAUUGAAAUUUGAAGAGAAAUGGUGGGAUACUGUAAGAACUAAUUGGAUGGUUUGGCCAUUUGUUCAAUUUGCAAAUUUUUAUUUAUUACCUCCUCAUUUACGAUUAUUAAUGAUUAAUUUUGUAAGCAUCGGUUGGAAUACUUUCUUAAGUUAUAUUUUACAUAGAACAAAGUAA